AUACCACUAAACCAUGCUAUUCAGGCAACAUCCGUCUGCUUAUAUCCUGUAACGUGUUUGAUUUAUACGAUAAAUUAUAAAUAAAGGAAUUAUAACAAAAGGACGAAAUGACAUAAUUUUAAUUGGAAUUUAUCAACAUUAAAUAUAUACACUUGACUAUUCUAUUGAAUAAAAUAAUGACUUCCGCAACGACUCAAACGAAAGGGGAAGGCUCAAAGAGCCCAAUAAGAAUUAUGGCUAAUAUUUUUAUAUCUUUUAUCGGUGCUGGUGUCCUGGGUCUUCCCUACGCGUUCAAAGAAGCUGGUAUUGUUGAAGGGAUCCUAUUAAUGACUUUUGUUGGUUUGCUAAGUAUUAAGGCGAUGAUGCUAAUAAUCGAUUGUAAAUACCGACUUAUGCAAAAAGAAAUGCCCAGAGAUAUCGGCUUAAAAACGCUUGUAAAGGAAGUUGUUAAUAUAAAAGAAGACGAAGAAAGAUUAAUUGAUAAUCAAAGUCAUUCCAGCAAUAAUGGUUCAUCAUCUCUAUCAGCCAGCGAUUAUAAACCACAGGCUCCUGGAAAAGAAUUAUCCUACGGCGACGUUGGUUAUUACGCCAUUGGUAAGUUGGGCAGGUGGCUAGUUGAACUCUGUAUAAUCGUUUCUCAAAUUGGUUUCUGCUGCGCUUAUUUAAUUUUUAUGUCCGAAAAUCUAUCGCAUUAUCUAAAAGGCGUCAAAUUGUUAGUAUAG